AUGCCGUCAGCACAGUCGCACAGCCGCUCACACAGCCUGCUGCUGCUGCAGAAGCUCCUCAACCUUCGCGAUGGCGCGAGUCCCCUGACCCUCGUACUCGACAACCUCGAGCAGAGCGCAACCCCUGUCAUCCGAGAGCUCAUCACAAGAGCCAAGAUGGGCAAGAGCAAGGUCAUCUUCCUGUCCUUCGCAACCCUCAAGAAACCCCGUGACAUGGACGUCUUGGUCAAGGGCCGCGGCAAGGCCCUCACAGCUCUGAGGACAGAGAUCCUCUCCCACUACCCCAAACCCGACGAACAGGCCGACAAAGCGAAGCGCAAACCCUCCCAACGCACCCUCGUGCUGCUCGACUCGCUCAACGACCUAGCAACCGCCCACCCGCACGACCUCCCCGGCUUCCUCUCCUCCCUCCUCGCCCCCGCCACCUCCCUCGCGGCCGUCUACCACACCGACGUGCCCCUCCGCCUCCCCGCCGCCGUCUCCGAGUACGAGCCCCACCCGCUGACGACCCUCGCCCACCUCGCCACAGCCCUGCUGCGCCUGUCGCCCCUGCCGCAGGAGACGGCCCGCCAGCGAGCCCGCGACCGCGCCCUGUAG